GCCAAUUCACUAUCUCUUCACGACCGUACAACCGGACAAGAUCGCGUAACCGCGCACGUUUUCGGAAUAGGUUUUAUAUUAAAAUUAAAUUAUUUUUUUUUUUUUUUGUAAAUUUCGAUUAAUUUUUUUCAAUUUUUUUUUUUUCUGGGAAAUAUUUCUCUAGAUGUUGAUUUCUAGAUGUGGACAUAAAAUGUGCGUGUAUUGCAAUUGGAAAUUAAGAAUUUAUGGCAUCAGUGAUGAAUUUAAGACACAUUUCACAAAUAAUAAUAAUAAUAAUAAUAAUAAUAAUAAUAAUUCACGUCAGUGCGCAAAGUUGAUUCUCAAGUAAAUGGAGCUGCACGCAAACCGAGCAAAAGAAUGAACCACCGCGUGUCCACGACUUUACUUCCAUGCAUCGAAAUCACUUCGUUCACGAACUUCUUCUUGUGUUCAUUGAUUAAAAAAAAAAAAAAAAUAGAAAAUUUCUUUUGACUAUUUUCAUUUAAAAAAAAAAAAUUAUAAUUAAAUAAAAAAAGAGUGAAUUAAAUUUCUUUUGCUCGGAUUAGUGCAGCACUGAUUUUUCAAAAGUGUUUGAAAAAAAAAAAAAAAAAAAAUUUGCCGGGAGUUAUCAAUUAUAAAUAAUGGCGGGAAAUUUGAAUUUUUGAAAAAAUAUUUUUAAGAAAGUAACAGUGUUCUUUUUUUUCUUAUUUUUAAUAAUAAUAAUAAGUGUUUCUUGUUGAAUGUGUAAAUUGAGUGAAAAUUAUAGAACGUGUAUAGAGAAACUCACUGUCAUCGCAAGUCCUUUUUCUCUGAUGCCGUUGUGGGUUACAUAAAUGAAGGAUUGGAUUUUACUGAGCAGUUAAUGAACCCAAUGAACCCAGUUAAUCAUCUCGUAAAAAACGUUCGUCGAUAUUAUAUUGGAUAUUUGAGUUUUGAGUAUCAGGAACGUGAGAAUGGACCAGUGAUUCGGCCAGUGAUUAUAAAUUACUAUAAAUUAAUUUUUUAAUAUAUAAUUUUAAAUAGAAUAUUUUUUCUUUAAUAUAUGUUCAAUAAGAACAAUGUUGGGUGAAGUGACGUGACGAAAUUAGUUUUUUCAAGAAAAAAAAAAAAAUUAAUGGUGCUAAAUAAACUUUUAUAUAUAUAUAUAUAUAUAUAUAUAUUUAUUUCUGCAGCUAUUUCGAGAAAUAAGUUGCAAAUAAUUUCAUUUAGCCAAGAAGACGCUUAAAGACUGUAAUGAAUUAAAAAAAAGAAAAAAAAACCGAUUAUCAAUUUGCAAAGCUGGCUUUGCAUUUUUAGUUUGAAAAAAAGUGCCAAUUUUUUAGUAUAAAAGGGUGGGAGGGAGGAAAGAUACUUUAGCGAAAAAAAAAAGUUGAAGAUUGUAUAUAAAUAAUUUUGUGGUUCUAAAAAGAGAUAAAAAAAAGCCAACAAAAUGAGAUUCAUCACGUCCUUGUUUGGCGAUGGUUCACCGAAGAGGAUGGGCCGCCAAUAUAUGAAGGUGGGAAGAAAUGCACUCUUUGGAAUUAAACCCAAUCGAGAUGGGGAAAUUCCAAUGGAGAAGGUGCCCAAACCACUUAGUAUGCUCAUUUCAGAACGAGGAAAAUUCAGACAUAGUAGAUUAGCAGCUAUUCUUUUUGGUAUAUUGGCUCUUACUAUUGGCAUUAUCUUAAGCAGUAUACCCUGGGUUGAUUAUGUUAUUUUAAGACAAUUAAGACUAUGGAAUGGAUCACUAUCUUUUCAAUACUGGCAAAAACCCGGUGUUGUUCGUCUCACCAAAGUAUAUAUAUUUAAUGUAACAAAUGCUGAUAAUUUUUUAAAUUUUAACGAAAAACCGAAACUCCAAGAAGUUGGACCAUUUGUCUAUAGGGAGGACAUGGAGAAAGUGAACAUCGUUUUCCACAAUAAUGGCACAGUAACCUAUCAGCAUAAAAAAAUUUUGAACUUUGUCCCAGAAAUGUCGAAAGACAAGGAAUUACAAUUGAUCGUACCAAACAUCCCUCUACUAACAUUAUCGUCGCAAAGCAAAAGUCUUCCAGGAUUUAUCACACUUGGCAUAUCAAUGUUUCUGAGGAGUUUGGAUUUAAAACCUUUUGUUCCAGUGACAGCUAAGGAAUUGGUUUUUGGCUACGAUGAUCCUUUAGUUAGUUUGGCGCAUAGAUUUUUUCCUAAAACUCGAAGGCCAAUGAGCCGGAUGGGACUUCUUAUUGGAAGGAAUGGCACUUUGGACGAAGUUCAUACAAUAUACACGGGUCAUACGAGUAUGAAAGAUUUUGGAUUAUUAAAUAGAUUAAAUGGAAUGGAUCGUCUACCAUAUUGGGAUGAUCCACCUUGUAAUUCGAUACGUGCUUCCGAAGGUUCCUUUUUUCCACCACGAGAUGUAACUGGUGAAAAUAUUGUUCACGUGUGGGAUAAAGAUUUAUGUCGUAUUUUACCAAUUGAAUAUCGUGGUCCAUCUGAUAAGGAUGGAAUUAGAGCUGAUUUAUAUACACCGGCUGAUAAUGUUUUUGAUCCACCUAGUAAUAAGACACCUGAUAAUGAAUGUUUUUGUCCUGAAGAUCCAUCAACUUGUCCUCCAAAGGGUCUACAGGAUAUCAGUCCUUGUCAAUACAGUGCUCCAGUUUAUCUCUCGUAUCCUCAUUUUUAUAAAGCGGAUCCUAAACUUAUGAACGCCAUAUCAGGUAUGAAUCCAAAGAAAGAAUUACAUGGAACUUACUUUAAAAUACAACCGAAAUUGGGUGUACCAUUGGAGGGAAAAGUUCGAUUGCAGCUGAAUCUAAAAGUAGAGCAUCAGCCAAACAUUAGAGCAGUUUCAAAAUUUCCGGAUAUUGUUUUUCCAAUAAUGUGGGUGGAGGAAGGAAUUGAGGAAUUGCCACCAGGAAUAAGGCGAUGGGUCUACCUCUCAACAACAUUUGUCGAUGCGGCAGUUCCCUGCAUUGCUUAUGGUGUUAUUCUAGUCGGAAUAGUAACUUUAAUAACAGUUUUUGUUAAGGCCUAUAAUAAUGUUGUAUUAACACAUGAGGCCAUUGAAUUAGGCAAGAGAACAAUAAGAAGGGGUUCAUCAUUUUUAAUCAAUGGUCAACAUAGACUUUUAAUGGUCAAACAAGAAUCAUAUGUUCUUCUGACUGAUGAUGUCGAAGAUGGUAGAGCAUUGGAAGACAUGUGAUUAUUGUUAAAGUGUAAAUAAUUAUUAUUAUAAUAAUAAUUAUCAGUCUUAUUAUCAUUCCUUUGAUAAAAGGGAACAAAAAAAACUCUUUCUCUCUCCCCCGAGACUGUAUAUUAAUUAUUGUUCAAUUGUGUUUUUUUUUUUUUUGCAUUAAUUAUACAUGCAUCAAUCUUUAAAAGAUUUCUUGUCUUAGUUAUUAAGACUAUUUUUAUUGGCAAACAAAUAUUUUUGUCGAUUAUUAAAAAUUAAUUUAGGCAAAGUUUUUUCAUUUUUUUUUUUUUUUCUCUAUUUAGUAAAAAGAUAUAGUUAUUUCUACAGAUUAGAAAUUAUACAGAAAAAUGAAUUUUAAUAUAGGCCGUAUGUGAAAUAAAAUUUUCUAGAAAAUAUGCAUUAAAAAACCUAUAUAAUUUCUUGUUCUCCAGGUUUAUGUGUGCAGUUAUGAAAUCUGCGGAAAUUUUUCUAUAAUUAUACGUCAUGAUUAUUUUAUAACAAAGUUUUCUCAAAGAAAAAAAUAUUUCUCUAAAUACAACAAUUUUUUCUGAUUCUAAAAUAGAUUAAUUUUUAAGAAUUUUAAGUUGGUUUUUGGUAACUUUUAAAGCAUAUUAAAUACAUAUGUACAGAAAGUGUCUGUACUUUCUUUUUCAUUGCGAACAAAUUACAUAUGCAAUUCAAAAAUUAAAUUACAAUUUGACUUUAUGGCUGUGGAAAUAGAAAAAAAAAAUUAAAAUUCUAUCGUUACAUGUUUAAUUAUUUAGAUCUCUAUUAUACAAUUGCAAAAAAUAAUAAAAAUCAUCUUAUUUUAUUUUUAUAUUAGAUUGCAACGUCAACAUUUUUUUUUUUUUUUUGGGAAUAUUGAUAAAAUAGUAUAAAGAUAAAAAUAAUAAAUCAUAAACGACAGGUGUCGAGAGAAUUUAAUUUCUAUGAUUUUUCACAAAACUUAUGUAAGAACUUUGCGUUUAAUUAAAAAAAAGUAAUUAACUAUUAAAAAAUAGUAUGUGCUGUACAGGUACUCGAUGCUCAAUUGCUCAUGUCUGACAGAUUUAUAAUAAUAAUAAUUAUUAUUUUGAUAAGAAAACAAAUAUGAACAUUGCUCAAUAAUAAUUGUUUAUAUAUACAA